UGGUUUCCAUUAAUUUCUUCUUCUUCUUCUUCUUCUAAUCUAACGUAACUGGUACAGAAUCUGUUUAUUAUUAUUAGCUAGUGUUGAUCUUCCUUCGUCGUCAACCACCAUUGAAGAGAAGAUUUCCUCACUCCCAUAGCGUACGUUUUUAACAAGAAAUUAAGAAAGGGAACGAGGAGAUAGAAAAUGGCGAAGAAUUGGUCACAUGUCUGACCCUCUCUCUCUCUCUCUCUACUUUUGGUCCACAAACGAGGAGAGAAGAAGAGUCUUCCAUUCCAUUCAACAAGACUUCUUCAUUGCCAGGUUUCUUUUAUAUAUAUAUAUAUCUCUACUCCUUUCUUCACAUGAUUCCUGCCUGCUGAAGCAAGCGUUAGAAGAAGAUCCCAUUUUGUCUUCUGCCUCUCCACUCCCCGCCGUCACAUUCCGGAGAUUCAUGCCCUGAAAUUAAUUCACACACACACUUCCCCUUCCUCUUCCGCCGCUCAAAUCCGAAUCCUCUGCCUGCCGGUUACACCACUCCCAGAUUUUUAGUCAACUCCAAUGGCUUACAGUAAAUCAAGAUCCGUCAGAUUCCGAGACGAUGUCGAACUGACGAAACAGCCGAAAAUCUAUGGAGACACGACUCAUAAGGUGAAAUACAACAUCGACCGAAAGCAAAUUCCGGCGACUGAGGGAGCGGGAACGUCGCUGAAAUUUAAGGUGGUAUCGAGAGUUUUCUCGGAGGAUUACGAAAGAGUGAAGAGAAAGAUUCUUGAUCCUCGUGGACCAACGAUUCAUCGAUGGAACAAGAUCUUCCUAGUCGCCUGCCUGGUUUCUCUGUUCGUCGAUCCUCUGUUCUUCUACUUGCCGGAGGUCAAACACGAUUACUGCAUUCAUAUUGACGCCGCUCUCGAAGUCAUCCUCACAACCGUGAGAUCGAUCGCCGAUGUCUUCUACAUAAUUCAGAUUUUCCUCCGAUUCCGCACGGCUUUCGUGGCGCCUUCCUCUAGGGUUUUCGGGAGAGGCGAGCUGGUGAUAGACUCGAAGAAGAUUGCGUUAAGGUACCUGAGGAGCGGCUUCUGGAUUGAUUUCGUUUCCGCCCUGCCGCUUCCACAGGUACUGAUUUGGCUGAUCAUCCCGAACCUGAGCGGCUCGGCAAUGGCGAACACGAAGAACGUGCUUCGAUUCAUCAUCAUCUUCCAGUACCUGCCGAGGCUGUUCCUCAUAUUUCCUCUGUCAGCGCAGAUUGUGAAAGCUAAUGGCGUCGUCACUGAAACGGCAUGGGCCGGCGCCGCUUAUAACUUGAUGCUCUUUAUGCUGGCAAGCCAUGUCUUAGGAGCUUGCUGGUACCUGCUAGCAAUUGAGAGGCAAGAAGCGUGCUGGAGAAUGGCCUGCAAUGCAGAGGGGGGCAUAUCCUGCAAAUCCAGCUUCUUUGAUUGCCACGGGGUGGGUGAUCCUGAAAGAGUUGCCUGGUUCAAUAAAAGCAACAUCGCCACAAAAUGUGACCCAAAAUCCAACUAUUAUCCAUUCGGUAUUUACGAGGAUGCAGUGACUUCAUCUCUCAUAUUCUCCAACUUCUUCGACAAGUACUUCUAUUGCCUAUGGUGGGGCCUCAAGAACCUCAGCUGCCUGGGCCAGAAUCUCUCCACGAGCACCUAUGUCGGCGAGAUAUGCUUCGCCAUCAUCGUUGCGAUUCUGGGAUUGGUUCUCUUCGCAUUGCUCAUUGGAAAUAUGCAAACAUACCUGCAAUCGACCACAGUUCGGUUGGAGGAGUGGAGGAUCAAGAGGACCGACACAGAACAGUGGAUGCAUCACCGGCAGCUUCCGCCGGAGCUCAGGCAGGCCGUGACGAAAUACGAUCAGUACAAGUGGGUGGCCACUCGUGGUGUCGACGAAGAAGCUGUUCUCGACGGCCUGCCGGUGGAUCUCCGGCGAGACAUCAAGCGCCACCUCUGCCUCGCACUUGUCCGCCGCGUGCCGUUGUUCGAUCAAAUGGACGAAAGAAUGCUAGACGCCAUAUGCGAGAGGCUAAAGCCAGCCUUGUCCACAGAGGGCAGGUGCCUGGUGCGAGAAGGUGAUCCCGUGAGCGAAAUGCUCUUCAUAAUCCGAGGCAACCUCGAUUCCUACACCACCAACGGCGGCCGUACGGGCUUCUUCAACUCCUGCCGGAUCGGUCCCGGCGACUUCUGCGGCGAGGAGCUGCUGACGUGGGCGCUGGACCCGCGGCCAGGUGUCAUCCUCCCGUCGUCCACUCGCACCGUCAAGGCCAUCUCGGAAGUGGAGGCGUUUGCUCUCCGAGCCGAGGACUUGAAGUUCGUGGCGUCUCAAUUCCGGCGGCUGCACAGCAAGCAGCUGAGGCAUAAGUUCAGGUUUUAUUCGCACCAGUGGCGGACGUGGGCGGCGUGUUUCAUACAAGCCGCGUGGCGGCGGCAGAAGAAAAGGAAGGCGGCGGCUGAGCUGAAGGCGUCGGAGCAUCCGGCGGAGGCGGAGAGUGAGCAGCCGGCCGGAUUUGAUGAGUAUGUGGCAAGAUUGGCUACAAGUGCUAGAAGGGCCGGGAACAAGCUUUCUGGGUCGGAUUCUGGCGUUGUCAGCUCUUUGCAGAAGCCGGAAGAGCCUGAUUUUUCAGUAGAGGAGGAAUGAAAUUGACAAUGUCCAUGGGAGUGCGAUUUUGUACAUUGUUUUAAUUUUAUAAUAAUAUACAUACAUACAUGCUCUCUCAUGGGUCAUGAGGGCAACGUCUAAACAUAAUUAACAGUUAAAUGAUUAUGAUAGAAGAGAUUUAAAAAUAAA